AUGGCCGACCCCUCACGCAACAAUCGCCUCCCAUCCCACCAGCGGCAGCAGCAGCCGUUGCACCUACACGUCCAGCACGUCUCACGCCCAAAUGAAGAUGUCGACAUCGAGCGACUUCUCUCGUCAACAUUCUAUCCAGGCGCAGCCUCCAACUAUAACCACAGUGGUCCUUCGCCAUCCAAUAGUGCAGGCACAGGCACCGUCUUCCUCGAAGACGACGACGCCGACUCCUUUGAGCAGAACGACGACGACGCCGAGUCUCCCGAUAGCAAUAACAAGACCACAAGGAAUAAAGGCAAAGCGACCCCCGGGCAAGGGAAAGCCGCGGGCGCGAAACGCAAACCUGGUGAUAAUGAAGGCCCUGGCGAGCGUCGUCGGAAGCAAAUCCGCGAAGCGCAGCGCGCGUACCGCCAACGCAAGAUAUCACAGACGGCCUACCUCGAGGAGCGCGUAAAGCAGCUCGAGAGCGCUAUCGAGAACAUGAGCACCGUCGUGCUCUCCUUUAGCGAGGAGCUCAUUGGCUCCAACAUUCUAUCCUGCCAGAGCGAGCUAACGAGCCGUCUACGCGAUGCCCUGUCCACGUGCCUCACACUUGUCCGGGAGACUGGUGGCAAUGCGGAGCCGGAGAGCGCCGGGGCGUCUAGCAUGGCCCUUGUGCCUACCGCGCCACCCUCCAUCCCACAUUCUGUGCCCAACAAGCCUACCGGCAUCAAGAACAUAUUCGGCAACAAGCCGUACCCGGACAUGAACACCAGCAUGACCGUCGCCGCCUUCAUGGACAUGCUAGCUACGUCGGCCGUCUACUACGGCUACCUGGCACUUGCCGACCCGACGCUCUCGACCACCCGCCUACACCGCCACUUUGGCCUUCCGCUGCAGCUCAUGAGCCGCGACAAGCUGCUGUCCUUCUUUUCCGCACUCUUCCAGUCAAGGCUCUGCCGGAGCAACGAAAGUAAUGCCAUCCAGUCCAAGCCCGGCAUGCCCUUCUUCAGCAUCGGCGGCGCCGGCACCCACUACUCCCCCGCCCUCCUCACUUCAGCUGCCGGUGUAGGUGUUAGUGGCGGCAGCGGUGUUGAUGGUGGUGGUGGUGGCAGCAGCGGUGCAUCUGUGCCACUCUCGCUGCCUUGGGCCAACACAGCGAAUCAGUGCUCGACGUGGACGGUCCGCAACAACGCCUGGACCGUCCCCAUGGAUCCUUCCAACGUGCCAGCCAACCUACAGGAGCGCUUCGAGGGUGACUGGUUUGACAUGCAGGACCUAGAGCUCUACCUCCUUGAGAGGGGCGUCAGCCUGCGGAUGAAACCCAACAAGGAGUCACACGGCGAUGUAAACGUUCCGUUAUUUCUACGAGGUUUAAUGUUGAAUUCGACUUGCCUGGGUCAGUCUCCUGGGUUCCGGCGUCAAGACGUCGAGGUGGCACUGAACGCCGCCCAGGUCGGGCCACAGGCGUAG